GCCAAAGAACGUCAACCAUGGUGAAUGAAAAGACCAAACAAAGCUAUUGCGUGAUAGGUGCCGGUACGGCAGGUCUCUGCGCUGCGCGACACGCAUUGCAGGCAGGCGGGAACGUGACCGUGUUCGAGAUGGGCAAACAGCUCGGUGGCACCUGGGUCUUUAAUGACGAGACGGGCAAAAAUGAGUACGGAAUUGAUGUACAUUCGAGCAUGUACAAAGGGCUGAAGACCAAUCUGCCGAAGGAGAUCAUGGGCUACCCGGACUUUCCCAUACCGGAGCAGGAAAGUUCGUACAUUCCGGCCGAGGAUAUGCUCAAUUUCUUUCAACAGUUUGCCGAAUCGUUUGGAAUCUUCGAACACAUCCGCUUCAGCCACUACGUAGUGCGGGUGAAGCCUACGAUCGACGAACAGGGUUGGGAAGUGAUCGUGCGAGACUGUCCAAACGAUCAGCUGGUAACGUACACGUUCGACUAUGUGCUCGUGUGCAACGGACACUACCAUACGCCAAACCUCCCAAAAUAUCCCGGUAUGAACGUUUUCCUUGGCAAACAGAUGCACAGUCAUGAUUAUCGCAGCAAUGAACCGUUUGAAGGAGAGACAGUCCUUGUCAUUGGGGCGGGCCCGUCGGGAAUGGAUAUGGCGUACGAGAUUUCCAAAAAAGCGAUUCGCGUUACCUUAAGCCACCAUUUGAAGGAUAAGCCCCAAACGGUGUUUCCGAGCAACGUUACGCUGAAACCGGACGUACUGCGCCUAACCGAGACCGGCGUAAUCUAUGCGGACGGUACGAGUGAGGACUUCAGUGUGAUUUGCUACAGCACAGGAUACAAGUAUACCUUCCCGUUCCUGAGCGUCGAUUGUGGCAUUACCGUGGAGGAUAACUACGUGCAGCCACUGUACAAGCACUGCAUCAACAUUCGCUACCCUUCGAUGGCUUUCAUCGGACUGCCGUUCUACGUGUGUGCAGCACAGAUGAUGGAUCUGCAGGCACGCUUCUGUUUGAAGUUUUUCAGCGGUGGAAAAGCGUUACCCACGCGGGAGGAAAUGAGUGCCGACACGAAGGCCGAGAUGGAGGAACGCUGGAAGCGGGGUCUGAAGAAGCGGCAGGCACACAUGAUGGGCCCGGUGGAGGAUCGCUACUACGAUGAUCUGGCACAGACCGCGGAAAUAGAGCCCAUCAAACCGGUGAUCAAGAAGCUGCACAAGAUCAGUGCUAUGCGUUACUCGGAAGAUUUGGUCAACUUUCGAAGCGAUAAGUUCCGGAUAGUGGAUGAUGAAACGUUUGUAAAGAUUAACUAAGAUGGUGCGGGUAACCCCUUUUGUUUCGUGCGCAACACCUGAGGGAAUGUGAUUUGAUAUACGGUAAGAUAAGUGCGCAAUUUAGUACAAUUAUGGUAGGGUGUAGGGAGU